AGCAGCAUUCGCUCUCAGUCUGAUUUCCUUUUCGUUUUUGGUAAAUGAAACGUGUGAGGCACACAGCAGCUCAUAUGGUCUUUGGAUCGAGAUAAUUUGUUUCAGCAAGAUGAAACGAUGGAGAAUCCAAACUUUAUUUCGCAUCCUUCUGUGUGUCAGUAUUUUGCAAACCUGUUGGUGUGCUCAGGGGAAAUACGCUCAGAAGCUCCUGAAUGAUUUAGUCACUAACUACACUAGUGCCCUGAGGCCUGUGGAGGACACCAACACCAUACUGAAUGUGACCCUGCAGGUUACACUGUCACAAAUUAUCGACAUGGAUGAGCGAAACCAAAUUUUGACUGCGUAUUUAUGGAUACGACAAGUGUGGGUUGAUGCAUACCUCAAAUGGAAUAAAGAUGAUUACGAUGGACUCGAUACCAUUCGUAUACCUAGUAGUUAUGUAUGGAGACCUGAUAUAGUCCUAUAUAACAAUGCUGAUGACCAUUUCACUGGCUCCAUGGACACCAAUGUGGUGAUCCGGCAUGAUGGCCAGAUAAUGUGGGAUUCCCCUGCUAUCACCAAGAGCUCCUGCAAAGUGGAUGUGUCCUUCUUCCCCUUCGAUGCUCAGCAGUGCAGGUUUACAUACGGCUCCUGGACCUACAACGGUAACCAGCUAGACAUCCUGAACGCCAUGGAGAGCGCUGACCUGGCUGACCUGGUGGAAAAUGUGGAGUGGGAGGUGAUGGGAAUGCCGGCUAAGAAGAACAUUAUUCUGUAUGGCUGCUGUGCAGACCCUUACCCUGACGUGACCUACACACUGAAACUAAAGAGAAAAGCUUCCUUUUACGUCUUCAACUUGCUCAUACCAUGUGUGAUGAUCUCUUUCCUGGCACCACUGGGCUUCUACCUGCCUGCUGACUCUGGAGAGAAGGUGUCUUUGGGUGUUACCGUGAUGCUGGCACUCACUGUCUUUCAGCUGUUGGUUGCUGAGAUCAUGCCACCCUCUGAGAAUGUGCCUCUUAUUGGAAAGUAUUACAUUGCAACGAUGACCAUGAUCACUGCCUCCACCGCCCUGACCAUCUUCAUCAUGAACAUACACCACUGCGGCCCCGAUGCCAAGCCUGUUCCCAAAUGGGCCAAGAAAGUCAUUCUGCAGCAUCUGGCCAGAAUGUGCUUUGUUUAUGAAGUUGGGGAGAACUGCUUGUCACCACAGCUGGAGAAACAGGAGCCUCCUUUUGUAAAGAACGUCAACUGCACCAUGAAUGGUCAAGCAGGACAAGGCAGAGAGGACUGUGUCUUCAAAAUGGAGAGAGGACAAGAGACAAUGGGCUCCAUGACUGCAGAGGAGAUAGAAGACAUGGAUCAGAUGAUGAGCCCGAUAGGCUCAAUUGGGAAGAACCCCACCAACAACUACAGUGCUUGGAAGAAUGGCAUUUUCAUGAGCAUGGAUUGUGGAGAUUUGGGGGGUCAGGGGAGAUGCAGGAAGGGAGGUGUGAGUGAUGGAGAGAGAAAAGACAGAGAUGUUUCCUGCAACAGCCAAAGCAAUGAGAAGCAGCUGCUGCUUAACAUUGAGUACAUUGCCAACUGUUACAGAGAUCAGAGGGCAACGCAGAAAAGGACUGGGGAAUGGAAGAAAGUAGCCAAAGUUUUAGAUCGCUUCUUCAUGUGGGUAUUUUUCAUAAUGGUGUUUUUAAUGAGCCUUCUCAUCAUGGGCAAAGCCAUCUAACUGCACAUCUGAGUAGUUGGUCUUAAGGACAGUGUUAAUUGGUGUACAAAACACAGAGAAAAUUACAGGUAGUACAUGAUUCAGUAAGUACUACACUUAAUCCAAUAAUUUGAAUAACAUUGAGAUUGCACUUUUUUGUGAUCAAAUUUUUGUUACACAAUUAACAAGCAAUGCAAUGGGACAUAGGAAUGCGUCCCAGGACCAAAAAAAAACAGAGAGGAAAGAUGGGGAGGGGGCAACCCACAAAAAAAUAACAGAUUGCAUUUUUUCUUAAAGGAGAAUUUCAAUACGUAGCUCUGUUGUUCAUAAAUGUGGAGUGCUGUCAGUAGAGAGAAAAAUGAAAACAAUCAGUGCUGUCUGCACCGUGUUAUCUUCCUGCUAGAGUUAACCCAACAGGCUUAAACAAGGCAAGUUUUAAACGUGUUUUAGCCUCUAAACAUGCUCUAAAUGUCAUUACAAGUGCCUACCCAUGUGCAGUUAUUCCAUCCGAGUAAACCCAGCAAAUUUGACUGCAGUAGAUGGGACAGAAAGGCGUGUUUCGACUGGUGUGGACUUCACAGGAAAACAGGAAUUAAACAGAGGUAUGUGCACUGGCUGCAUUAACACAACUUUUAUGCCUUUCUGUCACAUCUACAGCAGUCAAAUUCUCUGUGUUCUCUUGGAAGGAAUCACUGCACAUAGGUAGGCACUUUUAAUGACAUUUCGAGCAUAAAACUUGCCCUGUUUAACCCUGUUGGGUGUAUAAUUUAGCAGGAGGAUAACUCAGUGUAGACAGCGCCGAUUGUU